AUGAUUGUUAGAGGCUAUUCAGAUUUAGAAGAAUGUUGUGCUGCUACAGAAAUGCAUCAUAAAAAUAAACAAAUUAAAACAAACAUAGCAAAAUCAAAGCUGACUGUAAGUACUGUAAAAAAAAAAACAACAACAACAACAAAAAACAAGAAGCCAAAUGAAAACCAAAGAACAACAACAACAAAAAUAACAACUUGCAGGUGAAAAUUAAGGGUUGUCAAUUAAAAAGAGAAGACUGUGGAUUUAAUAUUUUCUAAAGUGUCAGCUCUGCCUGUUUCAACACUUCUUUUACCACUUAAUACAAGCACUCCUGCUUACACAACCACCACUACACCUCUAAUGCUGUUAAUAAGAUAGUCAAAUUUAUGCCAGAUAACAGAGCGGAGCUCCUUUGAACACAAACACUCAGCUUUACUUCGACUCUUUUGAAGGGCAUGAAGGAGGACAGCAGAAUAAGAGGUGUAAUCUUCACCUCUUAUCUCUAACAACCCCCUUCCACACACACACACACAUUAGCAUCUGUUAUCUUAUAAUUAUCAUAUACAUUAGUCAACACCUGUUUCACUUAGCCUCGUUUAAUUAGGGCCAUUGAAACGUUGCCCUGCGCUCAAAACAAUGCCAUCCGACAUGAAGGGCAGUUUCUCAUUAAAUUAACAAAUAAAAAGACGUUGCUCCGGGGCUUGAGAGGUUAACGGACAACUACAUUUUAUGUUCAUUUUCUUCAUUCAUUUUUAAUUAUUUAGUGAAAGACCUUCAAGAAGUCUCUCGUAGUGACACUUUUACUCGUGCGUAAACGUCUCCUUUUGGCUUAUUAGCGUAAUUUAUUGCUGGUGAGAUGGUUAAUUAAAUUCACAAAACGACAGAUCCGAAGGCGGUGAAGUGUCAGAAGCGGCAAUAAGAGACUGGCAGGAUGCUGUUAACUGUUAACUGAAUUCAGGUAACAAAAAAAACCCUCUCCGCUGAUUAGUGCCAGACAUGAUAAGUGUUAAACUUGUCAUAAAAAUAUAUCACAUAGAAGAAAAACAUAAAAUAAUGCAAACUACGGAAUGAUUAGGAAAGCAUUACAACUUAAACAACUAAUAUUUUUAUUUUAUUUAUUUUUUAGUUUUAUUGUUAUUUUUAGUUUUGCCUUUUUUGGAGGCUGUAAAAUAUAAAUAAAAAUGACGAGUCACGUCGACGUAUGAACAAAAACAAACUUAACUGGACACUUUGAUGUAAAAUGAAGUAUAAAUAAAAGAUCUUUGCUUGUCAUGUAGUGACGAGCGUCUUUAGUCACCUCUCCAAAGGGUCGCAUUUGAAUUGAAACUUAGGUUCUCUCCAGAAAUCACAGCGUUGCGAUCAGCAGCACAUAUUUAGCCUCUCCUCGAAAACGCUAAAAGGAACAGCGGAGGGCUUCUUUGAUGGGAUUUGUUGCCAGUGAAAGCUGUAGGUCUUUUGAACGUAGCUGUCAGUCAAUGGGCUGUCAGUGGGAUACCCCCCGUCUCCCCCCUUCCUCUCGCCCUCCUCCGCUGGCAGCUGGGUGUAGCCUAUAUAAACAGACCCGGGAGGUUGCAUCAAACUCAGACCUCAACAGCUUGGACGCAGAAAAGAUGCCCGCAUCGCAAACUGGAUUUGGCAACUUCUUCUUGGAGAGGAACAUCACUAUGCCGACUGGAUAUCAGAUCCCGGUGCUGGGGUGUCCACCGGGUGUACAGCAGCAGCAGCAGGCUCAACAUCUGGCUGCGAUGGCAGCUGGGAUUCCCAUACCAUACUCAGGACUACAGGGAUAUAACUUUAUACCCUAUCCACACCACAGGCACAUUGCACACAUGAGCAGCGGGUUUGACUUGAAAGCCGCCUCUCCCUACCAUCACGCUCUCUUGGCUCGCGGCGGGGCUUUCUACCCUCCAUACCGUCCGGGAGCAGCCGAUGAUCCCAGUAGGGUGGCCAAGGUGGCCACUCGAGAGAGCACCGGUGCACUCAAGGCCUGGCUGAACGAACACCUGAAGAAUCCGUAUCCCACAAAGGGGGAAAAAAUCAUGCUGGCCAUUAUCACCAAAAUGAGCCUCACGCAGGUCUCCACCUGGUUCGCCAACGCAAGGAGGCGCCUCAAGAAGGAAAACAGGGUCAGCUGGGCGUCAAAGGGGAAAUCUGAUGAGGAGGAUGAGGAACAAGAAGGGGAGAGCGAUGAAGACGAGCAGAAGUGUCAUUUGGAUGAUCAUGACGAGGCAGAGCCUCAAACAGAGCGCACAGAUGCAGACGAGCAGAUCGAGAGCGCGUUGGAUAGCUCGGCACCUGUGGAGAUACCGCGUCAGGAAGACAAAGAGCUUGGACUUGUCAAGAAAACCGAAAAGCGUGACUCUGACCGCACGCCAUCAGUUUUGGAAAGUAAAGAAAACAUCGCCAGUCCAAAACCCAAAAUCUGGUCUUUGGCAGAGACCGCCACCUCAGAGACUGUGAAGAAACCUGUCGACAGUUUUUACCACCCUGCCGGAAAACUGUGGGAAGACUGGGCUUCAAGAAACGGACUGCUCGUUCCCUCGUGCUAUACGACUCGUGAACUCGUCUAAGCCGGUGUUUGGGCACGAGUGAAAAGGACACUUUCCCACAGCUUUUGCACUUUAAACUUUCAGACCUCAGGGAUUUCCUGAAGUUUGCAUUGAAACGAAAAUGUGUCGUGAAACCAAAGAAUGAACAUGUUUGUGUUACUGUAAAUAAAUGUAGAUGUAUUUUUCCACCAACAAACUGUAAAUUAUGUUUCCUUUGUCUAAUCAUGAAGAAAUAUUUUUUUGCUUAAAUAAACUUCGACUUAUGGCGAAAUUCUGCAGUUUUACUGGUCUGUAUCCCUACAUCUUGAUAUACUUUGCAUACAGCUUUGACCUUUUCCGAUCACACUGAUGAUAGCCCACAUUAACAGUCUGAUAACAGGACCACAGAAGUCUAUCACUUAGAGACUAUAACAGUAGACUAAGAAUUCAAAGAGAUUCAGGGAAAAUUUACACAUCAAAAAUACGUCCAUUGUGUCUUUCUCUAUAGGUUUUUUGAUAGAAUGUUGCAAGUUA